GUCUGGUUAUCUGGUCUUUCCCGAUUUCCUGCGUUUUGCGUGUAGCGAUUGAUGCACAAAUUGUUGCUAAAUUGUGCGAAAUAUCGCUCCAAUUUUAUUUAGCGCUGUGGUAAUGUUAACUUAAACAAAUUGUGAGUAACUUGUUAUUGAAAGUGCUACUAAAAUUGUGUAGAGUAGGCAAUUCAGUUAAAUUUGCUGUCGGGUAAUCCAGUUCAAGAGCAUACAUAUUCAUUGUGUGCGAUUAGUUGUUGCUAGUGAAAGCAUAAAAUAUAUUAAAAGUUAAAAAAAAGAGCGCAAAGGCAUAAAUAUGAGCCAAUUCACCGAUAUUUUGGAGCGUGAAUUUCCAGCCAUUGACAAUGAGCUAAAGGAUUACGUGGAGGGUGUGCUUUGUGGUAGUUUGGAAGAUUUUGAGUCAUGCGAUGACAUAUACGAAGCUGUAGGAGAUAUCCUGCAAAGCAUUGAUACGGGGAAAUCUGAGGAGAACAUAAGAGACCUUUGUGAUGAGUUUUUUAACAUAAUUAAAAAGAAUACAAAAAAUGAGGUACGUAAAGUAUUAAAUGCUCCCGUAAAUAUUGCCGCUAUGGCCAAAGAGAUGGAAAAUGUUGAUAAGAAUAUGCAAAGCAUAUGGCUUACUACGAAAGAUGGUGGAUCGAAAGUGAACAGCAAAAAGCUUGAGAAAGCCGAAGCAAAGCUACAGCAAAAGCAGGAAAAACGGCAGGAUGUUGUGAAAUCAGCUGUUGCUGCACCAGUCAAACUGCAAACUGCUACAGCAUCACAAGUGCUGAGUAAGAAGAAUACAAAAAUGGAGCAAAAAGGCACAAAUCGAUCAAUGGAUAUAAAAAUAGAGAAUUUCGAUUUGGCAUUUGGCGACAAGGUUUUGCUACAAAACGCCAAUUUACUGCUCUCUUUGGGUCGUCGAUAUGGCCUUGUCGGACGUAAUGGUUUGGGUAAAACGACACUUCUGCGCAUGAUUUCAGAUCGGCAAUUGGCGAUACCUUCACACAUCAGUGUUCUGCAUGUAGAACAAGAAGUUGUUGGUGACGAUACAAAAGCUGUUGAUAGUGUCUUGGAAUGUGACCUUGAACGUAAUCGGUUGCUAACACGCGAAAAGGAAAUACUUGCCACUUUAAACAGCGGAGUGCAGGAUACGAAGUUAAGUACAGAGUUGAACGAAGUAUACGCACAGUUGCAGAAUAUUGAAGCUGAUAAAGCGGUGGCAAGAGCUUCUGUUAUAUUGCGUGGUCUUGGUUUCGACGCUGAUAUGCAGCAAAGACCAACUAAAUCAUUCUCCGGUGGUUGGCGUAUGCGUUUGGCUUUAGCACGUGCACUUUUUUCCAAACCCGAUCUACUACUGCUCGAUGAACCGACUAACAUGUUGGAUAUAAAAGCCAUCAUAUGGCUUGAAAAUUACCUUCAAUCCUGGCCAACAACAUUGUUAGUUGUUUCUCACGACCGUAACUUUUUGGAAACUGUUCCAACCGAUAUCAUACAUCUGCAUUCCCAGGCGCUUGAGGCUUACAAAGGUAAUUAUGAGCAGUUUGAAAAGACAAAGACCGAGAAAUUGAAGGCCCAACGACGCGAAUACGAAGCACAAAUGGCACACCGCGCGCAUGUGCAAGAGUUUAUCGAUCGUUUCCGUUACAACGCAAAUCGUGCAUCUUCGGUACAAUCGAAAAUCAAAAUGUUGGAAAAGCUACCCGAAUUGAAGCCUGUCGAAAAGGAAGUUGAGGUUAAACUGAAAUUCCCCGAAGUUGAACCAUUAAAUCCCCCGGUGUUAGCUUUAUCAGAAAUCGAAUUUAGAUACAAGGACACAGAUCCAUUACCCGUUUUUAAAAAUGUGAAUCUAUCAGCUACCUCAGAUUCAAGAAUAUGUAUUGUGGGAGAAAAUGGCGCAGGUAAGACCACACUUCUUAAAAUCAUUGUUGGUCAAUUGACUACAAUACACGGCAACAUUAUCUCGCAUCGUGGUCUGCGAAUUGGCUAUUUUGCGCAACAUCAUGUUGAUCACCUGAACAUGAAUACUACUUGUGUGGGUGUAUUGGCAGAACUCUUCCCAGGGCGGCCGGAUGAGGAAUAUCGUCGGCAAUUGGGCAGCUUUGGCAUAUCAGGGCAAUUAGCGCUGCAAAGCAUUGCUAGUUUGUCGGGAGGACAGAAAUCUCGUGUCGCUUUGGCGAAAAUGUGCAUGGCCGAUCCUAACUUCUUAGUGCUUGAUGAACCUACCAAUCACCUGGAUAUUGAGACCAUUGAUGCCUUAGGUCGAGCUAUUAAUGCAUUUAAGGGCGGUGUAAUAUUAGUAUCUCACGACGAACGUCUGAUAAAGGUGGUAUGCAAAGAACUGUGGGUGUGCGGCAAUCGUACAGUGCGCGGCAUGGAAGGCGGACUAGAUGAAUACAAACGUGAAGUUUACAAAGAAAUUGAAGCAGCAAAUAGUUAAAUUAAAUUGUAGCGCAAAACUCUAUUUUGUAUUCGUUCUAAUUGUAAUUUAUGCACAUGCACUGUAAAAGUAAACUACUUUGAUAUGAUUUUACAAUUGCAUAUAAAUGAUUAAAAUACAAAAACAUGGAAAAAUAUAUAAUUUCAUCAUGCGAUAACGCUAAAAGUG